AUGUCUGAUUACGGCGACGACGACCGUGAGCUUGUCAACGACGAGCCCACCUUUGACGAGGAUCCCGAUGAGUACUACGAGCCGGAGCCAGAGCCGGCCGAUGAAGACGAGGCCGUUCGCCAGGCCGACCAGGAGGGUGAGCAGGGCGACCAGGACCACGUCAUCGUCUCGGGCGACCCCAAUGCCGCCGCCAACCACGGCAAGGGCAACGACAAGUCGCACAAGGACAAGAAGAUUCCGAACGACCAGCGCACAACAACGCCCUUCAUGACUAAGUACGAACGCGCCCGUAUUCUGGGCACGCGCGCGCUGCAGAUCAGCAUGAACGCACCCGUCCUGGUCGACCUCGAGGGUGAGACGGAUCCUCUGCAGAUUGCUAUCAAGGAGUUGCGGGAGAAGAAGAUCCCUCUGAUUGUGCGCCGGUACCUGCCGGACGGAUACUAUGAGGACUGGACCUGCGAGGAACUUCUGCAAUAA